AUGACACAGACUCACGUCGACCGUGUCGAGGACGAGGACUCUGCCUCCCUGCUCUCCCACUCCAACGCUUGCGUCGGCAGAACCAAGCCACGAAAACGCUCUCUCAAAUCCACACCUGCCACCGCCUCGUCCGGCAGAUCCAAGGCCAAGCCUGCAAAGGCCCCGGUGCAGCUCAUCGGCGACCUUCCCCGCGCAGAGGAUGAGGCCAUGACGGUCUUCACGGAGAUCCCAGGAAACCACUACCAGUACGGGACGUUGGGCAAGUCGAGGGAAGCGUUGGAGAGCAUGACGUGUGAUUGCCAGUACGACCAUGGCGUCGACGACCCAGACGCUGCCUGUGGCCCCGACUCAGACUGCAUCAACCGGCUCACCCAAGUGGAAUGCAUGUCCGACGACUGCAAGUGUCGAACCUACUGCCAAAACCAGCGCUUCCAACGCAAGCAGUAUGCUCCAAUAGAGAUCGUCAAGACUGAGAUGAAGGGGUUCGGGCUCCGCGCCGCCGAGGACAUUCCCAAGGACGCGUUCAUCUACGAGUACGUCGGCGACGUCGUCAGCCAGCCGUCGUUCCUCAAGCGCAUGCGCAAAUACGCAGAAGAGGGGAUCCGGCACUUUUAUUUCAUGAUGCUUCAGAAGGACGAGUUCAUCGACGCGACCAAGCGCGGGGGGAUCGGCCGUUUCGCGAACCACAGCUGCAACCCGAACUGCUACGUCGCGAAGUGGACCGUCGGGGACUACGUCCGGAUGGGCAUUUUCGCGAACCGCACGAUCCGGAAGCACGAGGAGCUGACGUUCAACUACAACGUCGACCGAUACGGCCAUGAUGCGCAACCGUGCUACUGUGGCGAGCCCAACUGCGUGGGCUUCAUUGGCGGCAAGACGCAGACGGAUCUCGCGGCGAUGGAUGACCUUUACCUGGAUGCUCUUGGUAUCACAGAAGAGGUUGAAGCACUUGGACUGAAGGGCACCAAGAAGAAGAAGGGGAAGAAGCUCGAUGUUGAUUUCAUUCCCGAUCUCAAGCCUAUCGCACUGCACGAGGUGCCGAAGGUCGUGCAGGCUAUGCGUCAAACAACUAGCCGAAAGGUUCUAGUCAAGCUCCUGAUGCGCACAAAGCUCACGGAGGACUUGGCCGCGUUGAGACAAAUCAUGCGUCUUCGUGGGUUCAGCGUGAUGACCAACGUCCUCGACGACUACGUCGCGGACGACGAGGUCAAAAUGCUGGCGUUGGAGUGCAUGAAGACCUGGCCGCUUAUCCAGCGCAACAAGGUCGAAGAUUCGAAGGUGACCGUCCCCGUGAAGCAGUGCACGUCGUCGCAGAACGAGGCGCUCGCGUCGCUCGCGAAUACGCUCCUGUCGCAGUGGGAGGGCCUCGAGUACGCGUACCGGAUACCGAAGCGCGUGAAAGUGGUGCGCCGCCCGUCCGCUCUCGACUCCCAUACGCUCACCCCCCGCCCGUGCAGUUCGACGACGACGCCGACGACGCCGACGCCGCCGCGCGCCCGUGCUCGUCCUCCAGCACACGUCGGACGACGAGGAGCGGCCGUACAAACGCUCGCGGGCGCACCUCGAGACGACUACCCCGAGUUCAAGCUCCGGGACGUGACGUCGUCGGGGAUCCCGCUGCCGCUCCCGCCACAGCCGCUGCCGGUCGUGGCCUCGUACGAGGAGCUCGAGAGCGCGCGGCGGGCGGCGGCGCGGCGGCAGCGGAAGGACGUGGCGGCGAUCAUCGCGCAGGCGGCGAAGGACGCGGAGGAGGCGCAGCGGGUGGCGGAGCAGGAGGCCAAGGUUGCGGCGCAGCGCGAGGCGCUCGAAAACCUGGCGCGGGUGCAGGCGCAGAGGGAGAAGCGGGAGAGGCGAGAGGCGCGGGAGCGGGAGCGGGAGAGGAAGGCGGCGGCGCGGGAGGAGGAGCGGGAGGCGAACAAGGAGAAGAGGCUGCUGAAGCUGGUCGGGGCGGUGGUGGUCAAGUGCAUGUCGAAGCACAAGGACAAGAUGGACCACGAGCAGUUCAAGAAGCACGCGAAGGAGUUGACGCAAGUGAUUGCGGACAAGGAGAAGAAGUCGACGAGCUACAAGGAGGGCAAGCUGGACGCGCUUUCGGAUGAGAAGGUCAUCAAGAUCAAGAAGUUCGCGAAAGAGUACAUCGCGAAGGUCCUCCGGAAACUCGAAAAGUCGGGCAGCCGUCGAAAACAGCCGUCGACCGCGGCUUCGUCAUCAACGCCAGACAGUCGGGCGGACAAGGAGGACACGUUGAUUGCAACUGCAAUCGUGGACGACCUGAUGGACAUUGAUGCCACGCCAGUCCACGACGACAGCGACGACGACGCACCCCUCCGCCAAGAGAUCCUCGACGGACCGUCCGGCUCUGGCACUCCGGACGACGCGAUGGCAGGCUCUGGGGAGACGUCGCCAACGGUGGUGUCGGACCCUCGGAUCCGACGACAGCCGGACAAGAUGACGUGGGACGGCGGUCCUGGGCUCAAGUCGCAGAAGAUUGCGGACUCGUGGUAG